CAACUUUUCGGACGGGUUAAAGUACUUAAACAAAAUACCUAUUUUUAAUAAAAAACGAGCAAAAAAAGAGAUAAAAAAGAUUAAAAUUUAAACAAUUCUUUAAGCUUUUUUACCGCGUGAUUGGAUCACAUGAUAUGUGUUUUGAUGUAACAUGGCGUCUUUAAUUGUCAAGGCAUAAUAAAAUUUCUAGAAGGAUGUGAAAUUUUUCUAAUUUUUGAAUUUGAAACUCAACACAGAAUGCCAGUUGAUAUAAAUAGAUUAACUGAAGGUUGGUUAGAAUUGGAAAGUGAUCCAGGUUUAUUUACACUGCUGUUGGAAGACUUUGGGGUAAAGGGUGUGCAAGUGGAAGAAAUAUAUGAUCUGCAAAAAUCAUUAGAAGGUCCAGUAUAUGGUUUCAUAUUUUUGUUCCGUUGGAUAGAAGAGAGAAGAUCAAGACGCAAAGUAGUAGAACAAGAUGAGAGUUUUGUGAAAGAUGAAGAAAUCGUUAACAACAUAUUCUUUGCACAACAGGUGGUUCCCAAUAGCUGUGCAACCCAUGCAUUACUUUCAGUGUUACUUAACUGCCCAAAUAUUCAUUUGGGUACAACUUUAUCCAGAUUGAAGAUGCAUACAUCUGGAAUGUGUCCAGAAAAUAAAGGAUGGGCAAUUGGUAAUACACCUGAAUUGGCGUGUGCUCAUAACUCGCAUGCAAUGCCUCAAGCCAAAAGACGGCAAGAUAAAAAUACUGGAGUGUCAACUGGAAGAUUUACUGGGGAGGCUUUUCAUUUUGUCAGUUAUGUACCAAUCAAUGGUAGAUUAUUUGAAUUGGAUGGUUUAAAACCAUAUCCCAUGGAUCACGGUCCAUGGAAGGAACACGAAGAGUGGACGGAACAAUUUAGGCGCGUAAUUACGGAUAGAUUAGGAAUGGCAACAGGGGAGCAAUUACAAGAUAUAAGAUUUAAUUUAAUGGCAGUUGUUCCCGAUCGGCGACUUGCUAUUUCGCAUAAAUUAACCAUGUUAAAAACUAAUAGACAAAUAGUAUUAGAAGCAUUGCAACAACUUGUUAAAUUAAGCCAUCAAGAUGGAUCAGAGAAGAAUACAAAUGAUACCGAAAAAUUAGAUAAACCGCAUGAAAAGAAAAGUAAAAUUGAUGAUGAAAAUGCUUUGCCUAAUAAGUCGGAGAUCGAUGAAUCUUCUUCUAUACCAUCUGUUACUGUUGAAAGAAACAAUGAUGCCACGACAGAUACUGAGGAGCCAGCUUCAAAUAUAACUUCUGGGAAGACUGAAUCUAAAAUAAAUACAUAUUUCAGUGGUAUGGAAAAAGUAGUAAUGUGUGCAUUAGAUUAUGCCACGCCUCUUCAAAUACAAACUUCACCGGCACACAGUUCGUCUAGUACCGAUACGUCGUCCGAGAUUGGAUCUGCGUUUAAUUCACCCACACAAGCAUGGGGAUGGAAUUCAGGCCAGAACAGUCCAACGUCCACGAAAGAUUUUAAAAAGUUCGUUGUAAUCAGAGUCGCUGGAGACGAAAAGAAUGAGGCAGGUUUAAGUCGUUCUCUUGGGAAUAUUAAUAUAAAUGGAAAAAGAUUAGUUUCCGACAGUGGUCACUUACAUAAAAAAGUCUGCUUGUCGGGAGAAGUUAGAAUACCUCAUGCUAGAGUGAAAACGAGUAACGGGGAUACUGUUACCGAAGAGAAAAAAGUUGAGAAAAUCGAUCCAAAACUGUGCUCAAAAUACCCGGAAUUGUUUGAACCCCAUACGUUUGCACCCAAAGAUCUUUUAGCGUUGCUGAAGAACUUAGAACACGAAAUAAGUAUUUGUGAAACUAGCUUAAAAGAUGAGAACGACAAAAGGAACAAAUAUAAGAUUGACGAUUGUCGUAGAACGCAUAAUUAUGAUGAAUUUAUUUGCACGUUUCUUUCGAUGCUCGCUCAACAAGGAAAGCUAGCAGAGCUAGUGCAGCAGCAUUUAACUUUAAAGAAACAUACUUCUGUGUCAGUGAACAGAGUUCACAGAUCUUCGAAGAAAGCCGACACUCGCCCAAACUCUUCACGUAGACGUCGAGGUAGAACUAAAUGCAAGAAACGAAAAUAAUUUCCGUAUUGAACAUAAAUAAUUGGAGCUGUUAUCCCACCUAUUGAAUUGUCAAUAUUAAAACCUCAGAAUCGCAACAAGGACAUAGUUUUAAGAAGACAAGCAUGUAAAAAAGAUCAUACGACUGUUGAAACAAAAAGGGAUUGUAAAUUAUGUGUUACAUUUUACCAACCCAGUGUCAAUGACAUCGAACAAUCAGUACUUUAUUUAUUUUGCAAUGCAGACACUUUUUGGAAAGUCGUAGAUUUAAUUUUUUUAUUCUAUUCACUGUACAAAUCUUCAUAUAUUUUUUAUAGUUUUUCCUCGUUUUAAUGCCUCGUGUCUGUCAUAUUUAUAAAUAUAUUGCAAGUUUUAUCUUAUACUGUUGGAUAUAAGAUAAGGUAUUUCAGUCAUUUUUCAUCUAUUACGUUUCGUAUGAAAUACAUGGGUUUCAUAGAAUACACGAAUGCAUUUUUAUUUUCUAUAGCGUACAACGUAGGCUUGAUUCACAGUAGAGGGAGCAACCAUCGCUUGCAUGUGUUUGGAGAAAGAAAGCGGAGAGUUUAGGGAGCGACUAUAGUAAACAAUACGGAUAAAUAAGAGGAGUGGUAAAUGAAACAUCAAUUGAAUAUUGUCAAAAACAUUGAAAAUAUUUAUUUCGGUAUUCAUAUACAAGUACACUACACGCUUGUGGAUAUGUCCCUUAGAUCUAAAUACUUAUAUCUCCGUACAGCCGGAGGAAGGAUAAUGAAGUGUCGUGUUGGAAUCGUUUGAUCAAUGGACAACAGCCGACCAAGUCUAAGUCGCUUUACCAUACUGCAUAGGAACUGUAUUCGAAACGUCCUCGAAAAAGCUAUUUCAGGGGUACGGUUGAGGAGGAGAGACACGAUGACGAUGGUUCAGAAGAAAAGUUAUUCGUUCAUAGUUCCUUCUCCGGCCGAUAUGCUCUCUUUAACGCACGCGUUCACGACAUCUGCGCCAUUUCUUCGGCACGAGUAGGAUCGUGCUUUUUGGCAAAAGAAAAAAGAAAGUGCAGUUAUGUACAAAUAUAUUGAUUCGUGGUCGGCGUGGUCAUAUAUAGGUAACGUUUCCUCUCAUUGGGCAAGUAAUCGUGAGAUACAGAUGUAUUUUGGAAUUUGCGAGUAGAACCUGCGACGAGAUCUCACUGUACACGCACGGUUCGCGUGGCAUCCUUUCUGAUCACACAAACGUGACCGAUCACGAGUUAACAUUUUUUAUUUACAAAAGUAUCGAGGUUUCGCUUUCGAAACCACGCGCACACGCUCUCUUUCUCUCUCUCCCUCUCACGCGAUAAACGUGCUUUAAUCUCGGGUCGCUAACAAAACUCGUAGCUUUACUGCAGGACACAACAUUCAGUUUCUCGUUAUCAUUAAUAGGCACUCGUGGUAUGUUACGGCAAAUCAACUGCGGAACGGUGCACACCGAGUAAGAAUAUUGUUUGAAGCUUCCAAAUAAAUUAGCACAAUUUUUUCCGACAGUUGAUUAUACUUAUAUUCAUAAACGAGGAUACAGAAAUCGUUCAUUGAAUGUGAUCAGUAGUUUCCUCAUUUUUACUCUGAGCAAACCACGAAGACACGCGUUUGAGCGACGAUAAAGAAAAAUUAAUCGAGCAUCGAUCCGUCGGCUGUCGUUCGCAGAAAAUUCUAACAACGAUACGUAUAAACAUGCCGUAUAAAAUAUAGAAAAUUCACGCAAGGAAAAUAACGUAAAAAAUACAAACGAGUAUUAAGGGAUACGAGGGAGAGGGUGCGGGUGAGAGGGCUGUAAAAAGGAAACAAUAAAAACAGAGAUCCUUCCGCGAAUAACGCCGAUUAACGAUUAAUACAGUCUUGAGACGUGUCGUAGAAAAAUCUGAACUGCUCAGAAGCGUGUGGGGUUUACGAACGAUAUGCGUUUUGAACUUGGUUUGUUUAUUUGUCUCGAUCAUUUAUCGUUGGCGCAGUUGCUUCCCGUGACACACAAGCUAUGUAAAAAGAAAUAGUAUUCUCGAACAGGAAACAGUACACAUUUCCUUAUUCGAGAUACUACUUCUUUCCAAGUGUCUAGCUCGGAUUAAUAGUAAUAAAUAAAGAUAUGUUUUACAAAUACAGUGGCUUUAGAUUAACGUUUUGCGGUUUAUCACACUGGCGAGACGAGAAUAUCGAUUGAACUUCUUUUUUACUAAAAACGAAUUCAUGAAGCUGUUUCUUGCUUUGGUUUCUUUCGAGCGUUCCACCGAUAUUCUUCACCUUUCGUCAGAAACUUCGAAAAGACCUUCGACUUCUCUCUUCUUUCAAACGCAUAGAGCCUUCCUCGUGUAUGACACAGUCGAUAUCGAAAAAUAUGUUGAUUUAAAAAAUAUAUAUCUUCUGCAUAUGCGCAUUAUAUAUGUAUAGGGUGUCUGACUGUACCAAACUUUAAUAGAUGAAGGUAAUAUUUUGUAAUUGCAAAUUGGACAGUUUAUGAAACAUGUUCGUACAGAAUGUACUCAAGUUUGGCGCAGUCUUGGGCACCCUACGUAUGUUUCAUACACCUGUAGGCUCACGUAUUAGGAUAUCCAUAAGUAAUGUCGUUCACGCGUAAGUGUACAAGAUUAAAUAAAAGUUCGAAUUUGAAAGUGACGCGUCAAGAGGACAUCACUCGUGGAGUGAUCUAAUUUUAGACAACACGUUUCACUUGCUGGGGCCAACGUUAUCGAGGAUAUCACGAGACAUCAACGAACAACAAAAAUUAACCCGAAAUAUACACGUAUCCAUUCGCUCGUUGUCUCACUUACACGUAUAUGUACACACGCAGUCACAUUAAUCGCUAGUAGUAAAAUGUAUAAAAAGAAAAAAAGAAGACAGAAAGAUGAUCUAGAAGACGCGAGAAGAAAGACACCAACGAGAUUUGGGGAAUCGUAAAGUUGAAGUUGUUGCGGCGUGGGAUAAAAUCGUCGUCGUUAGAUCGAGUUUCAAGGAAAAGAGCGUUCGAGGACUUCUCGACGAGGACGACGGAAGAAUCAUAGGAUGAGCAAAUAAACUAAAUUCGAACGCCACGCGCAAACAUCAAUAAACACUUUUGGAGGUCUCUUUCGAGAGAAACGUUCUCUGCCAGUGGCGUUGCGCCGAAAGGAAAGAACAUAGACGAGAAUGCUACACUUUUUGGAAAAGAGAAAAGAUACCGUAACGAUGCUGGGAUUAAGUCGUUUAAGCAUAAUUGGCGGUAGUGAGAUAGCCGGUUGCGCGACCAAUUAUCGAUUUACCGAGAGAAACUUGGGACUCGUCAAUCCGAGAAUCUUCGAAGUCACUGUUUCUUUUUCCCCCGUUUUAUCGCAGUUCACGUGGUUAGUCCAAUAAGAAUAAAUAAUUACAAAAAAUGAUUAAUCAUGUUCGAAGAGUCUCGAAUUCACGCGAGUUCGUUUCUCUCGGCACUUUCGGACGAUGCGAAUCGAGUCUUGAAUUGAUUCGAAUCGUUGCGAGUCAAACGGGUACAGACCCAGCUCAAUCAGCCGCUACACGACCGUCCGAAUCAACAAAUGAACUCGCUAAUGACGAUAAUGAUAAUAAUAUUAACGAGAGAUAGCCUAAGGAAGUCUUACAGCAUAAGUUACUUAUUACACCUAGGAUCUGUCGCAUCUUUCUUAUCAUCUUAAUUCGUCCCGAUGGAGCACGAGGACCGGUGCGGCACCACCCAAUUUCGGAGAACCCCAAAACGAUGAUCGAUCCGACCGAUCCUCGCGCUCGACCGAAUUGAAAUCAAAGAAAAACCCUCCCGACAAAAGCUCCACACCGUUGCCGUUCUUUUUUCGCGCAUCUCUAGUCGAUCUAUACACAAGGAACCGUACGUGCGAUUCGUAACGCGCGACAUUGGCCGAUAGCAAAAAAAA